AUCCUUCGAGCUGUGACCUAAAUUCUAACUGUCAGCAUUCCUUGUAGUAUAUAUUAUGCUGCUUCACUUGACUUGACCCAAGAGCAGACACAUUUCUCUCAACAUUCCCAAUCCGCCGAUCCCCAGCCACACAUCAUGGAGGACCAGGCGGUGGUUCUGUACUCUGCACCGUCCAUCGGCCACCUCGUACCCAUGGUGGAGCUGGGCAAGCUCCUCCUCGCCCACCGCCCUUCCCUCUCCGUCCACGUCCUCCUCCCCAGCCAGGCCUACGAAGGCGGCUCCGUCUCCCCCUACAUCGCCGCCGUCUCCGCCGCCCACCCUUCCAUCUCCUUCCACCACCUGCCCCCCACCUCCCUCCCUCCCGACUACUCCACCACCUCCCCGCACCUCGAGACCCUCGCCCUCGAGCUCCUCCGCCUCAACAACCCCAACGUCCACCAAGCCCUCGUCUCCAUCUCUGAGACCCGCCGCGUCCGAGCCCUCGUCAUCGACUUCUUCUGCGCCAAUGCCCUGUCGGUCGCCCGCGACCUCGGCAUCCCCUGCUACUACUUCUUCAGCUCGUCGGGGGGCGGCUUAGCCAUCUUCCUUCACUUGCCCGUCCUCCACAAGACCACCUCCAAGAACUUGAAAGACAUGGACACCGCCGUCCACGUCCACUUCCCGGGAGUGCCGCCGUUGCUGCCCAUGGAUGUCGCCGAACUGGUGCUGGACCGUAGUGACCGAGCCUACGAGCUCUUCCUGGAGAGUGCGACGAACAUGCAGAUGGCGUCCGGGAUUAUAGCGAACACGUUAGAUAAGCUCGAGGAGGAAGCCUUGAAGACCAUCAAGGACGGAAAAUGUGUGCCGGAUGGGCGCACCCCUCCGAUUUACUGCAUCGGGCCGUUGGUCGCGAGUGGGGAUGGCGGGAAAGUCGGGGACGGCGACCCCCCGGAGUGCUUGACGUGGCUGGACUCGCAGCCGGGAGGAAGCGUUGUGUUCUUGAGCUUCGGGAGCCUCGGGGUGUUCUCCGCCGAGCAGCUGAAGGAGAUAGCGACCGGGCUAGAGAGGAGCGGCCAUCGGUUCCUGUGGGUGGUCCGGAACCCGGCCACCGGCAAGGGCCACAAGGCCGUCCCCAAGGGGGAGCCGGACCUGGACGCGCUGCUCCCGGAGGGCUUCCUGGAGCGGACCGCGGGGAGGGGCCUCGUCCUGAAGGGGUGGGCCCCGCAGGUGGCGGUGCUGAACCACGGCGCGGUGGGCGGGUUCGUGACGCACUGCGGGUGGAACUCGGUGCUCGAGGCCGUGUGCGCGGGGGUGCCAAUGAUCGCGUGGCCGCUCUACGCGGAGCAGCGGCAGAACCGGGUGUUGAUGGUGGAGGCAAUGAAGGUCGCGCUGCCGAUGGAGGAGGUGGAGGACAGGUGGGUGAGCGCGGCGGAGGUUGAGCGGCGAGUCCGAGGGCUGAUGGGGUCGGAGGGCGAGACCAUCAGGGAGCGAAUGCGGUAUCUGAAGAAAGAAGCGAAAGCAGCACUGAGUCCCGGCGGGUCGGCUCAGGUCGCGUUGGCCGAACUAGUCGAGUCAUGGAACACUGCUUGAGCUUUGCCUUUCUUCAGCUUUUUUUUUUUUUUUUCAAAUACAAGUAGUCAAAAGCUAGAUCCAACAAAAUAUCUUCGGAAUGCAUUUCUAGAAACCCUAGAAAAAAUUACUAGUAAGUGGAAAAAUAAUAAUGAGAUGUGA